UACAGAGCAUUCUGCCACAACAAAUCCACUUUGACGAUUUCUGCACAAUAUCACCAAUUUACAUCUGCUACAAUUUUUCAAGCUAGAAAGUUGUGCAAGGAAAUCCAGCCAUCAUCUGUGUCAGAUACGAUGCGCUGGCUGAGAAUCACGAGAAUCUGUUGGACGCGAGACGAUGCGGUGGUCGUUGGCGUUGUGAAAUCGGGGAAAGUACCCCGCUUUCGGAGAUUGUGCUCCGCAGACAUGAAGAGUAUCUCAUCUCCUUCAACUCCUCGGGAAGUUGAACAUUUCUUCCUCUCUACCCAGUCCAUGAAUUUGCAGGCCUUCACUUUUAAUGAAAUUAGGCUUAUAACCAAGAAUUUCCGUUCUGAUUACAGGCUAGGCGAGGGAGGAUUUGGGACAGUGCAUAAGGGCUACAUUGAUGAUAACGUGAGGCAAGGAUUCAAGAGCAUGUCUGUGGCAGUUAAGAUUCUCGACCAAGAAGGACUUCAGGGCCACAGGGAAUGGCUGGCGGAGGUGAUGUUUUUAGGGCAGCUGAGACAUCCCCAUCUGGUGAAAUUGGUGGGUUAUUGUUGUGAAGAAGAAGACAGGGUGCUGGUAUACGAGUUUAUGCCCAGAGGCAGUCUGGAGAACCAUCUUUUUAGAAAGGUAUCUGUGCCAUUGCCUUGGUCUGCAAGACUGAAGAUAGCAGUUGGAGCUGCCAAAGGCCUUGCUUUCCUUCAUGGAGCAGAAAAUCCAGUCAUCUAUCGAGAUUUUAAGACAUCCAAUAUUUUAUUGGAUUCUGAUUAUACAGCAAAGCUCUCUGAUUUUGGACUUGCAAAAGAUGGGCCAGAGGGGGAUGAGACUCAUGUAUCAACAAGGAUCAUGGGUACAUAUGGAUAUGCAGCUCCUGAAUAUGUCAUGACUGGUCAUUUGACAGCCAGAAGUGAUGUUUACAGCUUUGGUGUUGUACUAGUGGAGUUGCUGACUGGAAGAAGGUCAAUGGAUAAAACAAGGCCCAGCAGAGAACAGAACUUGGCAGACUGGGCUCGUCCUUAUCUAAAUGACAGAAGGAAGUUGUUACGCAUUAUGGAUCCUAGGCUGGAGGGACACUAUUCUGUAAAGGCUGCUUAUAAAGCUGCUAGUUUGGCCUACCAAUGCCUCAGCCAAAACCCUAAAGCAAGGCCACUUAUGAAGGAUGUCGUUGAGACAUUAGAACCUCUGCAAAACAUGAAGGAUAUGGCAAGUGCCACCUCUUUAACAUCACAUGCUACAAGCAAUGAGGUUACUUCUCAUGAGUUAAAGACCAAAAGUGGUAGCAAAAUCAAUGGCCACCACACUUUUCCUCGCAACAUGUCACCCACAGUCCGCAAUAAGCCUGCAAGAUUAAGCAGCCUGGGCUAUGAUUCCUAUAAACAAUCUCCAAGGCAUAUAGGUAAAGGGGCAUGAUGCAGAACUGUCAUUAAACCUCUGAUUUUUUUUGGAGGGUUUUAACUUUUAUUCUACGUUCAUUAAUAUCUGGCUACUAUUCUGUUCAAGAUUUUCUCAGAGUGCUCUGAAAGGCAAAAUGUAAUAGCCUCUCCAAUAUUUGACACAAUUGAGUAUUAACAAGUAUCCAAUCCAUGAUUCCAUUCCAGGAUUAGAAAAUUAAACCUGGAUGCUGUGAAUUGGGGUGCCAUUCCCUGUCCUGGUAUUUUAUAUUGUAUUGUGGGUGACUGUAUGCUUCUCUUGCUUGCAGAGAGGCAUUCAGUAUAUAGUAUAUUUAUUGAGCAUGGAAAUUGUAUAGAUUUAGAUGAUUAUAAAUACAUCAUGAAUGGUUUUUCAA